UUUGAUGACUGAAGUCAUGUGAUUAAUAAAUUUAAUUGAUCAAUUAAAAUAACAUCAACUUUUAUUAAUUGCUUUUUAGAUCAUCAUUUUUACUUUGUCGCACUAAAGUACUUAAAACGUAAAUAAAAAAAAUGGGUAACAAAUCCUCUUUACUUUUACGGGAGGAAGAAAUCGCACAAAUCCAAGAAGAAACAGGAUUUACUCCAAGUCAAAUUGAACGUUUGUAUUCCAGAUUUACAUCAUUAGAUCGAAAUGACUGUGGCACACUUUCAAGAGAUGAUUUUUUAAGAAUCCCGGAAUUAGCAAUUAAUCCACUUUGUGAUAGAAUUGUGCAUGCAUUUUUUUCUGAAAGCAGCGAUGACAGAGUAAACUUCAGGCAGUUUAUGCAAGUGCUGGCACAUUUCAGACCUAUACAGAAAGGAAAAGAAAAUAAAUAUAAUAGCCGUGAAGAAAAACUAAAAUUCGCUUUCAAAAUGUAUGACCUUGACGAUGACGAUGUUAUAAGUCGGGAUGAGUUACUAAGUAUUUUACAUAUGAUGGUUGGAGCUAACAUAAGCCAAGAUCAACUAAUUAGUAUUGCAGAACGUACAAUACUUGAGGCUGAUCAAUGUGGACAAGGAAAAAUUUCGUUUGAUGAUUUCUGUAAAGCUUUAGAAAGGACGGAAGUUGAACAAAAAAUGUCCAUUCGGUUCCUAAAUUAAGUAUAUUGCUAGUAAUAUACAUAUAAUUGGUAUUUGCAGAGCGAAAUUGGGAAUUUUUUUUGAAUGCAUGAGAAUAAUAAAAUAAUUUGUAAAUGUAAUAUUGUUCACUUAAUUACCAAAUAAAAUAUAUAUUUUUGAUUGAGA